CUAUGCAGGAAAAAUGUUUAUUUUUAGAAGACUCUAUGAAGCUAUAAAAAUCUCAAUAUUAAACAUCACUAAUAUUCAUACCUCCAAUACUAUAAUUUGUUAGUUUCUAGAUUUAACUGCCAUGUCUGAUCAAAUUGCCAUGUCAAUUGAUCCAAAUGUCGACCCUUAUGGAUGUUUGGGCAUUAUUCGUAACACCGACGACUGUAUCAUACGUCCACAAAUUUUCCGUUCAUUUUCCAGCACUAUUCCUGAUAAUGAUUUCUCCGUAUUUAUGAAAGAUCUUGUUAUUAAUUCCACUAAAGACAUGUGGGCUCGUAUUGUCAUCCCUCGUGAAGUACUAAACUCGGAAAUUAAACUCCCUCUUGUAGUAUAUUUUCAUGGUGGAGGAUUCGUAAUGGCAGCUACUGUAGACACACCAAUCUUACAAAAGUUUUACACAACACUCGCAGUCGAAAUUCCAGCAAUAAUUGUAUCAGUCGAUUAUCGAUACGCUCCGGAGAAUCGACUCCCGGCAGCUUACGAUGAUUGUGUGGAAUCGUUAUAUUGGAUCAAAAAUACCGCUAACGAGCUGUUGAAAAAACACGCUGAUUUGUCCAAAUGCUUUCUAUUGGGCACUAGUGCUGGUGGCAACAUAGCCUAUAACGUAGGGCUACGUGUAGCUGAAGUUAGUGAAUGCCUUAAGCCUUUAGAAAUCAAAGGGUUGAUUUUACAUCAUGCAUUUUUUGGUGGGAAUGAAAGGACGAAAUCGGAAUUAAGAUUAGUUCGUGAUAAGAUAUUGCCUCUUAAUGUGUGUGACAUUAUGUGGGAGCUAGGGUUGCCUAUAGGUAGCGAUCGCGAUCAUCCGUAUUGUAAUCCGAUGGUGGAGAUUCGAUCAAAUGAAAACUUAUUUGAUCAAAUGAAAAUACUAGGUUGGAGGGUUCUGGUGAUUGACUGUGAUGGUGAUCCUUUGAUCGAUCGACAGAUUGAGGUCACGAAGAUGUUGAAGGAAAAGGGGGUGCAAGUUGUGGAUAGUUUUAGUGAAGGAGGGUUUCAUGGAUGUGAGUUUUUUGAUGACGUGAAGUUAAAGGACAUGGCACUUGUCGUGAAGGAGUUUGUAAGAGCUUAAUUGAAGCAGUUGAGGCAAGUGAUUUUUUAGUGAAAUAUUUGUACUAAUAAUGACUAUAAGAGCUUUAAUUGGAGAAAAAGAAGAGGAAUUAUUUAGGUUUUGAGUUUUAGACUCCCGAAUAAUUUGCUAAGUAUUGUUGAUCUUUUUAAGAGUAAUAAAUAAAUUGAUUAAUGAGCAUUACAAAAUUCAAGUUAA